ACAUGACCGGGAUCACAUGAUCGCCGUCCCGUGGGGGCCGCGACAGGACCUGGGCUUCUGAGGCUCCGCGGUCCUUGACGGCGGGCGUCGUGGCUCCGGAGCGGUUGAGCGUGCCAAGAUGAUGAACCAAACGACCCCUGACCUGGAGCGGGCGCCAGCGUCCGAGGCCGAGUGGGAGCGGCCUUGGUCGGUGGAGGAGAUCCGCAGGAGCAGCCAGAACUGGUCGCUGGCGGCCGACGCGGGCCUACUACAGUUUCUACAGGAAUUUUCUCAGCAGACCAUCUCUAGGACCCAUGAAAUCAAGAAACAAGUGGACGGACUGAUUCGGGAGACUAAAGCCACAGAUUGUCGCCUUCAUAACGUCUUCAAUGACUUCCUCAUGCUCUCUAAUACACAGUUCAUUGAAAACCGCGUGUACGAUGAAGAACUGGAGGAGCCGGUGCUCAAGGUGGAGGCGGAGAAGACAGAGCAGGUACUUGGGUUCAGUCCCUCCUCGCAUAAGAUGUGUUGGGACAGUACACCUACCCUAGGACUGUGGGCUCCAAAUCCACCCUGGCUGUGUCUGCACAAUGUUGCUUUCUGCUCACCAGAUGAAGAAGAUAACUUAUUCGCACCUCCCAAGCUAACUGAUGAAGACUUCUUACCUUUCGGCUCUCGGGGCGGCCUGUUCAGUGGUGGGCAGGGCCUCUUUGACGAUGAGGAUGAGAGUGACCUCUUCAGGGAGGACGCCCAGGACUGGCACACCCCAACCCCCGUGAAUGACGUUUUUGUUUUCUCGUGUAGCCAGAAGAAGACCCAGAGAGUGUCCCUCCUAUUUGAAGAUGAUGUAGACAAUGGAAGCUCUCUCUUUGGCUCUCCCACCACCUCUACUCCUCCUGUAGCCAUGAAAAAAGAGACUGCCCACAAGGCACUGCCUUUGCUGUUCAGCGAUGAGGAAGAGAAGGAGCCGCAGUUUGGAGUGAGACCUGUGGCUCAGAAGGCCGAGAGCCCCUGCACACCCUCAGCACUGCAGGGAAUCAGCGCAGCGGAGAAGCUGGAGAAGAAAGGACUUUUGACCACAUCUGCCCAGGAAGCCAUCAGGCAUUCUGAUUUGUUUUUCCCAGCUACCCCAUUGGACAAAGGAACCACAGGUAGAACUAAAACUGUCCUUAGCUUGUUUGAUGAGGAAGAGGAUAAAAUGGAAGAUCCAGACAGCACCCGUGCUCCACAGACAGAAGUGGGGAAGGGUCCUGAUCCCGAUGCCCGCCCCAAGAGCACAGGUGUCUUCCAGGAUGAAGAGCUCCUUUUUAGUCACAAGCUCCAAAAGGACAAUGACCCAGAUGUUGACCUUUUUGCUGGCACCAAAAAAAACAGGUUGGCAGAGCCGAUCAUGGGGACCCUGUUUGGUGAUGAUGAAGAUGAGGAUCUUUUCAGCUCUGCCAAGAUCCAGCCUGUGGUAUCAGCCUUUUCUCUAAAAAAAGGUGGUAAAAAAGACCAUUCUGUUAUCUCUUCCAAGAACCAGAAGCAUCCUGAAUCCACCCAAAGUAGCAAAGAGAAAAGCAUAUGGAAACCAGAAACUGAGCAGGCAAAUUUAGCAAUUAACCCCACGGCCUUGUUGCCUGGAGCACCUCCCCAGGUCCUGGGAGCAAAGCCUGUUUCUCCAGAGUUGGCUCUUCCUUCCUCGGAACCUGGAAGGAGCCUCGGUGUGGACAGUCACCCUGCUGCUCCUGGGCACGGAGAGGCCGGUGUGAGCUUUGAUCUUCCCGCACAGGCAGACACCUUACACAGCGCCAACAAGGUGAUGCAACCUCUGUAUGAGCUUUGCUCUCAGAGAACGGCCUGGCUGCCUCUUCCUACAACUCUUUUUCUCUUCAAAGAUGAUAUCUUCUCCUCCUCUGGUCUCCAGACUAAGACAACCAAACCAAAAAAUCAAUCUGCACAGACUACGCCUGAACCAAAAUCAAAAUACAAGGUGUCCAACAUAUUUGAUGAUCCCUUGAAUGCUUUUGGAGGCCAGUAGAUUUUGCCCAAUGUCUGUGUCUCACCCUUCAGUUACAUUCUUGAGUUAGAGAUGUUGACUUAUGUGCCCAUUGUCCUACCUGAAUUAUAAAAGACACAUACUGAAACAGCUAGUCCUUUUACCCUAUGUACUAAGUAUCUUUUUGCACUGAUUUUAAUCAAGCUUAAUACUGCAAAACAAAAAUAAAUGUUUCACACUGGU